AUGUCCUUUCUACUGUCCUUCCUGUCCCUGCUGCUGCUCCUGUUGUUCUUAAUUUUUAUUAUUAACUUCUGUUUGUUUUGUUCGUUUGCUGCUUUCGUUGCUGUAGAACGCUCCUCAAGACUUAGGAAUUAUUGGACGACGGUUCAGAAACUCUGGCCAAAGCCACUGGAAGCAGGCUCAUUGGGAGAUCGAUUCAUUGUGCUCAGACCCCAAAAGACCAUCACCACCCAGACCAAAGAAGAAAGCCAAGAACAACAGACCCAAUCCGAAGUCCACAAGGGAAUCACUUGCUCAGUUCCGGGAGUUGAGCCCUUAUCUAUUGGGGCUGUCUGGUUCCCGGAGGCCCCAGCUAAAUCUCUACAGCGACUAAUCAUUCACUCUACCCGAUACCGCUUGUCUUGGGAUAAGAAAACCACAUUCUCUGCUGCCUUCCAGGAUGGAAUUACUGCCUAUGUUUAUGCGCUCGAGGUUCUCAAGAUUCCAGUUGAUCUGAGCACUGAAUCUAUUGAGCAUAUGCUCCUGAACCGCAAUUAUAUCACUGACUUUGUCAAACAGAAUUUCCUUGACUGGGGCCGGAAGGCUUUUACACCUGAGAGAUGGGAUAGCAGUAAUUCCUGGAUUAUAUUUCUAAGGAAUGAGACUCAGCUGGGUAUCCUGGUCUUUAUCAAUGCUGGUACAUCAGAAGUUUUCUAUGAUAAUAUCAUGAAGUUUGCAGAGAACUUAAAGAAAAAGAGUAAUGAGAUUAAAGUGCUUGAAACUCCUAAUACAGCCCAUGUUCCUUAUCGGCUGGGUAAGAAUUGGAACCUGGAAGAUGCUCAGGCUAUUUGCUUGACAACCAUGACUAAAUUUCUCGAGAAAACUGGUGUUUGA